GUAAUACUGCGCUGACGGUCUGUGUCGGUCAAGUCAAUCUUCGUCGCUCUGCAGCGUAUUCUUGUGGCAGGGCAUCUCCCCCUUCCCUCCUUUGAAGUCACUGGAAGUCUGCACCAGCAAUUAAUGGCCCUUCCGCGCUGGGGAGGCAGCUCUGCUCAAUUGUCAUGUCGCGCACUUCUCGGCAUAUUCCUUUUGGCGACACCUGUCUCGUCGAUAUGGCCAUUCUCACCCAAACGAUUCUUGAAGAGUUCGCUUAUACAAGCAGGGCCGUUAGGACUGGAUGACGGCGGACGUAUAAUUGCUUUCGGCGACUUUAAUGGUGAUCAAUUCCUGGACGUGCUGUCUCUUGACUCAAGCCAGCAGGAGCUUUCUGUUUACCUCUGGAAUCACGACGAAUUUCUAUUUCAGAAAGCUUCGUCCAUCCAACAUCCAUCCCCUAUUUCUAACGUUGUUCCCGGCGACUUCACGCACGACGGGAAGCUAGAUAUUCUGGUCAUGAGUGAAGACACGUGGCGGGAUACACUAAACAUGGCCCUUUACCAGGGUAAUCAUGACGGAACCUUUGCCUCCCAGCCUAUAUCAGUGCCACCAUCCACUCUUUCACAACCUAUUCCUGUUGACAUAAAUGGAGACAUGAAGAUCGACCUGUUAGGGAUACCGACUGACAAACGAGGGUCCUCUGAUCCCAUGCGAGUCUGGCAAAACAGCUGGAAUGUAUCGAACAGUGAGGCGCCCUUGUUUGAAUUGACCGAUCCACUGUUCAACGGAUCUCAGUGUACUCUUGCGUCCCCGCAUAGCAAUGCAGCGAUAGACCUGAACGGGGAUUGUCUUGCAGACAUUUUUCUGGUAUGCGACGAGGGCUCUGGACAACGGUCGUUUCAAAUAUGGGUGAACAACAAGGACGCGGGGUUUACGUUGGCGCAGCACGAGACGCUCCCUUCCGGAGUCCAAGCUAUCUCAUUUGCUGACAUCGACCGGGAUGGUUCGAUCGACAUGGUUUUCACAACGUGCUCUCACGUAUCUUCAAGCGGGGUCGGUUCUGGCUGUUUGCUCAAUAUAGCAUAUAACAAGCAGCUACCUGUCUGUCCCUCCACGACCUCACCUAGUGUCAAUAAACAAGGCCAGUCAAUAUGUAGACUGCCUGUGGAUCUUUGUAACGCAGACCCCAAUUUCCGUUUUGACGUUAGCAUCAGUCCGGAUAACAAUGCGCUCACACGGAUCCCAAUACACUCGCUUCUGGAAUCCACAUCACAAUCCAUCGUUGUCCUUGAUACCACAUUUUCCCCUUCUAUUCCGCUACCUAUCCGGCUAGGAGAUAUCAAUUUGGACGGCUUUCCCGAUCUCAUGCUCAUUGUUACCGAUGGUGGCGCGCGCACGCCGAAGCUAUUAGUAUCGGAGCCAUGUGCUAAGGGUCUCGCCGGCUGUGACCAGAAUGGGCGUGGCAGGCGUGGAUUCAGGUUGGUACACAAGGACACCGAGAGCUUGGAGGCCAUCAAAGAUGCCAGGGGUGUAGCAUUCUUGGAUCUAGACGAAGAUGGAACGCUCGAUAUUCUAGUGCAGAGGACGGGAACACAAGGCGAGGGAACAGUAUCGCUCAUACAAAACAACUUCUAUUACGAUGCUUUCUUCCUUAAGGCGAUCGUGCUGAACGGCGCAUGUGAUGGCGGAUGGUGUUCGUUGCCUAAUGGUUCUACAUACCUGCCUUUCGGCGUAAGUUACUCUGGCGCUUCGUAUAAAUACACCGUCCUCGGUACAGACGGUCGACGGUCUGCUGCUCAAGUGGGCCAAUUGCCCCAGACGUCUUAUCACGCCCUUCAGGUGCCGUAUGCGUUCCUAGGUCUCGGCCGCACGAACAAUUAUAUCGAGAACCUAUUUGUUGGGUCGACGAAGCACACGCAGGACCACUACACCAACAUGGAGGGCGUCAUUCCGAACUCGCGUCUCGUGAUUCACCCACCACCAGGCAAAGAUUCUGGAUCGUGGAAACGCGAGUUGUAUCUAAGACCGGGCGAGUGGAUACCCUGGGUGACCCUGACAGUCAUCAUUACGACUGCGAUAUUGGCAAUCAUCGUGUUCGUGUUACAUCUGAAUGAAAAGAGAGAGGAUGAACUGGAGAGAAGGAAGGCGUCACACCAUAUCAACUUUGAUGCUCUAUGAGACGAAUUCGUGUAGGUUGGUAGUCUGUCAAGUAUACUGCGAAUUCUCAACGGUGAUCAAUGAAUUCUUACUGGGAUGGCCAGU